AUGUCUGCGUCAGAUAGCACCAUCUACAUCUUGUACAACGCCAAUGCGUCUUUGCUUGGUAAACUCAACUACGCCUGUCGCAAGAUCACCGCGUCGACCGAUUCAAGCCCGUGUGCAGCGUGCGACUUGACUCACGGCGGUCUCAAGCUGGACGAGUCUGCUGCUUGGAAAAAGACAAAGGCUCGAAUCGGCGCCAAAGUCGAACAAUUACAUCGUGACGAGUCGACGUCCGAGGUCCGCGACUUUAUCAAAGCGAAUUCCCUCAAAUAUCCUGUCGUUUUAGGUAGAGCAGGAACUUCUCCUCUCAAAGUCCUUCUCAAGCCAGAAGAUCUUUCCACGGUAUCAGCCGACCAUUCGGCCUUUCUGGCUCUCCUUGCGCGAAGGGCAGAGGAGGAAAAGAUCCCUCUCGUCAUCGAGAUGCGAUUCGUCCCAGAAAUAAUCACCCCUGGUCACUUGACUUUGGCUGCUCUUGUCACUGGACUUGGAGCCUGCCUGUGCUCGAUAGCUACCGAUCGACACACAUCUGCCUGGGCGGUCUAUCUCUGGCUGCUCAACCGCGUGCUUGACUGCCUUGAUGGCGCAGUUGCCCGGGAACGGGGCACAACUUCCGAUGCAGGAGGGUUUCUAGACCUUCUUUCGGAUUUCAUCAUAUAUUCUCUGGUGCCGAUUAGUGUUGCAUGUGGAGAGAUCCGACGAGGGUUGCCUGCAGAUGAUUGUGUUAGUUUGUUGUUGUCGGUCUCUCUGCUUGAGGCAACCUUCCACAUCAACAACUUCAUUCUCUUCUACCUCGCGGCGUUGUCAUCACAGAAGGGUAAUGAUGAGUUAACUGCUGUAACGAUGAAACCUGCGCUGGUUGAGGGUUUCGAAAGCGGCAUCUUCUUCACAUUGAUGCUGGCAAUUCCUAGUCUGCUGCAGCUUCUUACCUUGAUAAUGGCAGCUGGUGUUUGCAUCGGCAUCGCGAGUAGAACCUGGCUGAUCUUGGACGCUUUUGCCGCCAUGAAGACUCAGCCCGGGCAUAUCAGAGUCGAUUGA